AUGGCCCAGGCCGCGCGGGUGCUGCGGCCCGGCGGGCGCUCCGCGGCCUGGUGGCUGGGCGCUCGCCCCCGGCCCGCCCCCGAGAGUGGCCGGGCCGGCUUCGCCGGGGCAGCCGGAGGCCCGGGCCCCGCCGCCACGGCUCUUAAGGGGAGCCCGCGACUCCUGGGGGCGGCGGCGCUGGCCCUGGGGGGCGCCCUGGGGCUGUACCAGACGGCGCGGUGGCACCUGCGCGCCCAGGACCUCCGCGCCGAGCGCUCGGCCGCGCAGCUCUCCCUGUCUAGCCGACUGCAGCUGACCCUGUACCAGUACAAAACAUGUCCCUUCUGCAGCAAGGUCCGCGCCUUCCUCGACUUCCAUGCACUGCCCUACGAGGUGGUGGAGGUGAACCCCGUGCGCCGGGCCGAGAUCAAGUUCUCCUCCUACAGAAAGGUGCCCAUCCUGUUGGCCCAGGAAGGAGAGAGCUUGCAACAACUGAACGACUCCUCUGUCAUCAUCAGCGCCCUCAAGACCUGCCUGGUGUCAGGGCAGCCCCUGGAAGACGUGGUCACCUACUACCCCCCCAUGAAGGCUGUGAACGAGCAGGGCAAGGAGGUGACCGAGUUCUGCAACAAGUACUGGCUCAUGCUGGACGAGAAGGAGGCCCAGCGCCUCUACGGGGGCAAGGAGGCGAGGACGGAGGAGAUGAAAUGGCGGCAGUGGGCGGACGACUGGCUGGUGCACCUGAUCUCCCCCAACGUCUACCGCACGCCCGCCGAGGCCCUGGCCUCCUUCGACUACAUUGUCAAGGAGGGCCGGUUCGGGGCGGUGGAGGGCGCUGUGGCCAAGUACAUGGGCGCCGCUGCCAUGUACAUCAUCAGCAAGAGGCUCAAGAGCAGGCACCACCUCCAGGAUGAUGUGCGUGAGGACCUCUAUGCAGCUGCCGACAAGUGGGUGGCAGCUGUGGGCAAAGACCGGCCCUUCAUGGGGGGCCAGAAGCCGAACCUGGCUGACCUGGCCGUGUACGGGGUGCUGCGUGUGAUGGAGGGCCUGGAAGCCUUCGACGACAUGAUGCGUCACACCCGCAUCCAGCCCUGGUACCUGCGCGUGGAGAAGGCCAUCGCUCAGGCCCCGCAGUGACCUGCGUCUGCCCAGGGAGCAGGGAGUGGUGGAUGAUGCUGCUUCCCAGGACCUGAGCCCAGCUGCCCCUGGCCGUGACGCUGUCCCAGGGCAGGGUUCAGGCAGGAGCACGCUGCCUCUGCGCCCCUGCCCCAGAAGCCCUGUUCGUGCUUCUCGCAGUGGGUCCCUGCAGGGUCGCUUGGGGCCCUCAAGCGUCAUGGGGUGCCUACCUCCUCCCCUGCCCCAGCCAGGGACUGCCCCACCCCUGUCCUGGGCCAUUCUCUGGGCAUCUCCGGCUGCCUCAUCUGUGGUUGGAAAUCACGUCGGACUCCUGCACGGGGCCAGGGAAGGAGGGACAGUGGGGCUUGGCACUGACUCCCUCUGUUUUCUGCCCCUCCCAUGUGCCCUAGCACUGUGUGUUGUUGGCAAUAAAGAAAAGCUGUGCCACCCCUAGCUGGGGCGCAUAAGGGCCAGAGGUCAUUGGAUGCUUGGGGUGAUGCCAUGCCCCUCUGUCUGGUGGGGGCCCAGAGGGCUCUGUCGUGUAACCCCCAGGACACUACUGCCAGAGUACAGAGGAGGCUCAGACACCGCCCACUGACUGGGAUGGGGGUGAUGCCCCUCUCCGAGCCUCAACGAGGGCAUGAUGUCAACUGGGCACAAUGAGUCGACCUUGGGGUUUAAUGACAAGAUGCUGGCCGUGGAUGGUGAGCGUGCAGGCUCUGCGCAGAGUCUGCGGUGGCCAGGAGUCAGGGGUGGGCGAGCUCGGCACCUUCCAGAUAGCCCAGGCCAACGGGCCCACCGGACGAGCCAGCGUGGGAGUGUAGAGGGGCUGUGCCCUGCAUGG